AUUUUUCUAAUGUGAUGCGUUUUACUUUAUUGAAGUAGGGAGCAGCUUGCUAAUCUGCCAGAGAAUCUAAACAACCAACAAUUUAAUGAUGUAGUUUACAAAGAGUUUCUACGGUAUUUUCUCGUUUAUGCUUUUGUUGACUGUAAAGGUUAGACUUCUACAAUGUCUUGCACGCAGUCACUGUAAUUAUAGCUCUCUCUGGACAGUGUCCUGCAGAAGAGCCACUUUGCUCUGCCCUCAGGCCUCAGCAGCUAGUGGAUCACUCCACAGAGCAAUGCCUCCCUUGUGUCACUGACAUGGAGAGAUGCAGGUUCACUUGCCCUGCGUAGGGGCUUAUCUAGGGCUAAGCUAGGGGGACGGACAAAUAGCAAAGCCAGCCUCAAUCCAGCCAGCCGGUCUAAGGACACAGAGAGCCAUCUGUCCCUUCUCUGUGCAAUAACUGACAACAAAGGGGGUCAAACAUUUAACGAGGACUGUAAAACUAGAGGACUAUUCAUUCUGGAGUGACAAAGAAGAGAGGAAGAGGAACAAAUAUUUAUACUAAAACAGCAGGUGUGGCAUGCCGGCAAAGCGUUGUCUUCAUCUAUUGGUGUAGAGUGUUGUAUGAAGCUGAGUGUCUAGACCAUUGAUAAGUGUGAAUAUGUCUGACAAGGAAGGUGGGGCCUCAGAGGGGGGGCUGAAUGUUACCCUCACUUUACGGCUUCUGAUGCAUGGGAAGGAGGUAGGCAGCAUAAUUGGAAAGAAAGGGGAAACCGUCAAAAAGAUGAGAGAGGAGAGUGGAGCUCGCAUCAACAUUUCGGAGGGAUCUUCUCCAGAGAGGAUUGUUACCAUCACCGGACCAACAGAGGGCAUCUUCAAAGCUUUCUCUAUGAUCGCUGAGAAGUUUGAGGAGGACAUCACAGCUGCAAUGACAAACAGCACGGUAACAAGCCAUCCUCCAGUGACACUCCGCCUUGUGUUCCCAGGGAGUCAGUGUGGCUCCUUGAUAGGCAAAGGAGGCUCCAAGAUCAAGGAGAUCAGAGAGACCACAGGUGCCCAGGUGCAGGUUGCAGGGGACAUGCUGCCAGAAUCCACUGAGAGAGCUGUCACUAUCUCAGGCACUCCUCAGGCCAUCACGCAGUGUGUCAGACACAUCUGCUCUGUCAUCCUGGAAUCACCGCCCAAAGGAGCAACUAUCCCAUAUCGCCCCAAGACCAUGCCAGGAGCCGGACAUCUAGUAUUUCAACAACAACAACAACAACAACAACAUGCUUCACAAGCCUUCACAAUUCAAGGACAGUAUGCGUUUCCACAUCAAGAUUUGACCAAGCUUCACCAGUUGGCUAUGCAGCAUAUCCCCCUCCCUUCCCUUGGGCAAAGCAACCCUACCUUCCCUGGAAUGGAUGCCUCUGUCCCCACAAGUUCUCAGGAGCUGGCAAUACCCAAUGAUUUUAUUGGCAGCAUAAUUGGCAGACAAGGCAGCAAGAUCAAUGAGAUUCGCCAGGUGUCAGGAGCUCACAUCAAGAUAGCCAGUGCCACGGACGGAUCGCCCAUGCGCCAAGUCACAAUCAUAGGCUCUCCUACCAGCAUCAGUGUGGCACACUACCUCAUCAAUGUCAGCUUAGAGAUGGCUAAAUACACCAUGCAGGCUGCUUCCUCUGCGUCAUCUGUUGACCUCAACAAUAUGAGCUUCUCUCAGUCUGCUCCCACUGUCUCCACACCCACCUCUAUGGCUGUCAUGGCCGCCACCACCCAAGUCCCUGGCACCAUUAACAUGCAUUCCCCCUCCACCUUACAGUCCAUCCCCACCCAGCACUAUGCUGUCCCCGUUUCCAGUCUGCUUGGCAUGAAAACGCUCCCUAUGCUGGCUAUGCACCCAGCAGCUGCCUCAGGGCUCCCGCAAGGUCUAUCCCCUUACACCACUAAGAUUCCUACUGCUGGCAUGAAAAAAUCUGAGCGGCAGAAGUUUGCCCCAUAUUGACAAAUGGGAUAAGAAUUGAAUUCCCCUUCCAAAAACAAGUUUGGGGUCAGUACUGCAUAACACUUGUUCCCUGUUGAAAAGCUUGAUUAAGAUAUGUUGACUGUAUGCAGAGGCCUCAUGCCCGUAGGGGGGACAGGGGCGUGUUCCCCCUCAGAUUUGUCUUGUUGAAAAAUAUUUUUGUUGUUGUUUCUCUGUGAUACUACUAGCCACCUAGCAAUUUUAUGAAGUUGGCUUCAGGUAGCACAGAUAGGUUCCCAAUCUUCCACCCUCAUUACUAGCUACCAAGAAGCCAUUUCAGGAUAUAAAUAAAGUUAGAGUAGCUAGUUGGCAAGGUUGCCUGCUCACAUUAAUUUCAAUAUUUUAUCAAGACUUUAGCAGAGCUGCAGGAAAGCAUAUAAGAGGUAUGCUGAGAUAUGCAGAAAAAUAAACAUAUUUUUGGCAUAUAAUUAAGCAUAAUGAUUAUUCUCUAGAUUUCUGGAAAAAGCUUUCAGCUGUUUGACAAACACACACACACACACACACACACACACACACACACACACACACACACACACACACACACACACACACACACACACACACACACAUUGUAGUGUAACAGUAUUGUUUGCAACUGUAAGUAAAGCUAAAUACCUACUUGUGUAUCUGAACAUACAUAACAAUACACAGGCAUUUCUCAAGCUUACAGUAUGUGAUGCACAGAAACAGCUGAUCCUUCCAGCAGAACAGUUUUUUCAGAUAUUAUGUACUGUCUUUUGUUUUGAAUUGCUGUAAAUAGUUGGCCAAUGAUGUUGUUAGGAAAAGGCCAGUUCCAAACAGGAAUUGACACUGUACCAGCUACUGACCAUUGGUAGGGUAACUGUUUGGUAACACUUUACUUUACACCCAGUGUCAUAACAUGUUAUCAUACGGCCAUAACCAUGUCAUAAUAUGUCAUAACAGCUGACAUAAUGUGUCAUAACCUGUUAUAAUAUGGUCAUAACACUGUCAUGACCCAUAUAUUUACACCUGUUGUGACAUAUAUUGCGUUAUUUUAUGGCUGGUUAUGACACCUACAAGAGUGUCAAAACCCACAUUUAUUCAAAUGGGUUUUUUCACUGCCAAGAAGUUCCUUUUGUUUGAAUGUUCCUUUCUUAAAUCCUUUGUUGUUGUUGUAAUAUAUUUUUUACAGUCAUGUUUCUUUUUUAUCAUCAUUUUUCAAAAAGGAUCUUGUAGAAAAUAAAGUUUAUUGCACUGCCGUGAAGCAUUAUGACCGUCCUGUGCCACUUUACUUGGACUAACAAAAUACAAUUUAGGAAACUGUCAAGAGGCAUUAUGACCAUCAUAAUCAUACAAGCCAGAUCGGCCUAUCACGUACAUGCCCUUAUAUCAGUCAUCAAUCAAAAAUAGGGUGUCUUGUCCUGCUCCUGCAUUUAUCCCAGUCAUCAGCAACAGAGCAUUGGGGUAGGUGCAUGUCUGACAUCAAUGUGUGCGCAAUUAAAAUGAUCAUUUAACAUGGUCCAUUUAUUUAUUUUUUAUAUAACAUACAUAAACAUACUGUUGACACGUAGGCUAGGAUGUAAUGGAAUGUUUUGCAUUGUGUGGUAGGUUUUGAGGGUUUUGACACUCUUAUGUAAGUGUCAUAACCAGCCGUAAAAUAACGCAAUAUAUGUCACAACAGGUCGAAAUCUAUGUGUCAUGACAGUGUUUUGACCAUAUUAUAACUGGUUAUGACAAGUUAUGUCAGCUGUUAUGACAUAUUAUGACAUGUUUAUGACCGUGUCGUAACAUUUAUGACGCUGGGUGUCAAGUAAAGUUAUUACAGUGAAGUUUACUGUAACAAUGGUUUUUCCGCUCGGUCAUAUUUCCUCCUCUCCUCCAAUAGGCUCUUGUCAGUGGUUACAGACUUGGGUGCUCUGUAGUAUUGUUGCACAUGCAGUGCUGAUGGGAUUACCCUAAAGCCACAUUGGAUUCUUGUGGCUUUGAAUCUACACAAUAAUCCUGUAGAGUGGGACUGGCCUAACUAAUUCCUAUAGUUCUGUUUUUGCCACUUGGUUUUCUCAGAACUGAAGUCAAAAUGAACAAAACUCUACAGUCCAAUUCAUAUUCCACUCUGCUCUCAAUAUCUGUGGUUGAUGCAGCACGAUAUUGUAACAACGUUAUAUUUAUGUUUGUGUUUUUAAUUAGGUUCUACUCUUAGUUUUGUUGAUGAGCUCUUAUGAUUUGUUAUAUUUGUCACAGACAUGAAAUUACUUUGAAAUAAAUCAAGCUUUUUAUGAAUACAAA